AUGUUUGCUACACAUACAACCAUCAACACCCCAGUACAACCAUCAACACCCCAGUACAACCAUCCACACCCAAGUACAACCAUCAACACCCCAAUACAACCAUUCACACCCCAGUACAACCAUCAACACCCCAGUACAACCAUCCACACCCCAGUACAACCAUCAACACCCAGUACAACAAUCCACACCCCAGUACAACCAUCCACACCCCAGUACAACCAUCCACACCCAGUACAACAAUCCACACCCCAGUACAACCAUUCACACCCCAGUACAACCAUCCACACCCCUGUACAACCAUCAACACCCCAGUACAACCAUCAACACCCCAGUACAACCAUCCACACCCCAGUACAACCAUCAACACCCAGUACAACCAUCAACACCCCAGUACAACCAUCCACACCCCAGUACAACCAUCAACACCCCAGUACAUCCAUCAACACCCCAGUACAACCACCAACACCCCAGUACAACCAUCCACACCCCAGUACAACCAUCAACACCCCAGUACAACCAUUCCACAUCCAGUACAACCCUCCACACCCCAGUACAACCAUUCACACCCCAGUACAUCCAUUCACACCCCAGUACAACCAUCCACACCCCAGUACAUCCAUUCACACCCCAGUACAACCAUUCACACCCCAGUACAACCAUCCACACCCCAGUACAACCAUUCACACCCCAGUACAACCAUUCACACCCCAGUACAACCAUCUACACCCCAGUACAACCAUCCACACCCCAGUACAUCCAUUCACACCCCAGUACAACCAUCAACACCCUAGUACAACCAUCAACACCCCAGUACAACCAUUCACACCCCAGUACAACCAUCAACACCCCAGUACAACCAUCAACACCCCAGUACAACCAUUCACACCCCAGUACAACCAUUCACACCCCAGUACAACCGUCCACAACUCCCAAUACAUCCAUAUACCACCCCAACACUUCUCCCCUGAAUUAAUCCCAAUCUUUUUUUUAAUGUUUGCAAUAUCAAUUUAG